AUGUUGAAAAUCUCAAAUGUUUUCCGAUAUUUAUUUGUGCAACAAAGUGGAUAAUAAUAAUAUCAGGAAUUGAUGUGUAACGUAACUCUUCCCUAUUUCUUCUCAUCUAUGCUUUGUCUCCUUAAUUUUCAUACUAUUUAUUAUGAAAUGCGAUCAGUAAGAUGCAACAUACAUACAUACACACACACACACACACACACACAUACACAUACAUACAUACACACAUACACACAUACACAUACACAUAUACAUAUGCACUUAUACACAUACGCAUAUACAUACACACAUACACACAAACACAUACACACAUACACAUACAUACACACAUGUACACAUACAUAUGCAUACAUACACAUACAAAGAUACAUACUUGAAUACGCAGAUGACAAAUUGAAAAUCCAUUUAAUUUUUUCGCAAAUUCUUCUCAUUUUUCAACUUGAUGAGUUUCCGGCGGUUUUUCCUUUUUUUCCGUCUU